AUGUACGUAUCACUGAUCGGAAGGUCAAAUGUAGGAAAAUCAUCGCUGUUUAACUCAAUUUUAGCUCAGGCAGGAAAGGCCUCCAACAUACUCAAGUCAAUAGUCUCAGAAAAACCAGGAACGACAAGAAACUCAAAACAAGCGCAGUUUUAUCUAAAAGGAAAUAAAAUAACAUUAGUGGAUACAGGAGGAUUCGAAGCCUUCCUAACGAAAACCCCCAAAAGAGAAGAUUCUUCAAUCUUCAAGAUAAUCGAGAAGGAAACACACAAAGCAGUGGAGAGUUCAAACUUAAUUUUCUUUGUUCUUGAUGGAAAUGAAGGAGUAACUCAACUGGAUAUCCACCUGGCGGAAAAAUUAAAAAACUGGGUGGAUCAGGCGCACAUUAAGCCCGAAGUCAAGCUAGUGAUAAAUAAACUGGAAAAUAAAGGCUCAGAAGAGUACUAUGAAGUGUUAAGCGACUGCUUGUCAGAUUGUUACACACUAUAUAUGGGAGAACCGCUGUUUGUGAGCGCCCAAGAGCGCACAGGAAUAGAAAAGCUUACAGGAAUCAUGGAAAAAAUGCUCCCAAAUAAAGAAACGAGAAAACUGGAGGAGAUGGCAAUAAUGCCAAAAAUAGACAACGAAGAAGCCGAAAAUCUUGAGGCGUUGGAAGAAAUUGAGGACCUUCAUAACCACUAUGAGAUUGAGAAAUCACUGAGGGUUUGUAACACAGUAAAGGGGAACUACAAACCAAGCGAAAAGUGGCUUAAACUCCUCAAUAAUGUAUGCGGAAUACCAUUUAUAUCAAAAGAAGAGGACGGAUUUGUUGUGCCCUCAAUUCACUCGCCAUCAGAAAUGCUAGCGAACCUUUAUUUGUCAGAUAAUCAUAAAACACAGCCUCAGACACCCAGCGCUGAAUUCCUCAAAUCAACCUUAAAUAAUUCUUUUGAAACAAACUCAAAUGAAAAUAUAGAUGAAUUAAAUAAUCCAAAUUGUAAAUUAGUAAAUAAUUCUGAACAGACUGAAGAUUCAAAUUUAGAGAACAACAAAACAAAACCCAAGACAAAAGUGAUAGAAAAUGUAAUCAAUCCAAUUAAUUUAUUAGUAUUGGGGAGCGUAGAUAGUAACAGACACAAACUAUUAUCAAUGCUUUGCGAGAAUUAUGGAGAAACUGAAUUCUCAGACACAUCACCAAAUUGGCACUCGUUUUAUUCUAAUUGGCCAACUAGAGUGAAAGAGCAGGAGAUAAUUCAACCAGUGGAAAUCGUGGUUCCAUCACCAUUGAACCUAGGAGGAAGUAUAGGAAAGUCUGCAGUAUUACAGACACUUUCACUCCUGAGAAAGUGUGAUUUCGUGCUUUUCUGCAUCAAUAACGAGGAUGAGAGUAGGAAAUCUCAAGAUGGAACUAAGAAAUUGACUUUAUCCAAAAGGGAAGUCUCUUGGCUUUCAAGAGCAGUAAGGUUCAAUAAGCCAAUAGCAAUCGCAGCCUUGGUUGGAAAUAGUUAUCAAAACUGUAAGCUGUUCCUUACCAAGGAUUAUCCACUCAGUUUUGAGUUUCAAAAUAUACCUAUUGUGUCAGUCCAUCCCUCAGGAAAUCUUGGGGAAAAGUCUAUUAAAAAGCUCAAAAGUGACAUAACCUCACUUUUGAAUAGGAGUAAGAAGAUGAUUGAGACGAGUACUUUGAAUUCAUGGCUGAGAACCUUUAUAGCAAAGUGGCCUCCGCCUUGGAAGGACGGUUCAAAGCUUAAUUUGAAGUUUGCAGCUCAGGUGAGGUCAAGUCCUCCAACUUUCGUGCUCUGGUCUAAUGUGUUUGCUACUUUCCCUCAGCAUUACUUGAGGCAGUUAAAACUAGCACUUUCAGAGGAGUUUGGGUUCUUAGGAGUUCCUCUUAAAUUCGUACUCAGAACCACUUUUAAAUCUAAACCAAACUCUAGCAAGUUAACUGGCAUUAAACUAAAACGCCAACUCUUCAACUAA